ACAGCAUCCAACGAUUACAUCAACCUUUGUGUUGGUGCAGAUUCUCUGACACAAAUUUUAUCCAUGUACAAAUACAAACAAUUAUAAAAGGUAGUGUUAGUGUGAGUGAGAGAGAUGAAUUGUUAGAGAACAUAGAUAGUACGUUAAGAAUGGGAAUGAUGAGCUUGAUGGUUGCACUUAACUUGAUGCAAUCUGAUGCGGAUAAAAAUUUGGCUCAUGAUCAUGCACAAGUUGUGCCUAUGACACUCUUUGUAGCUGUUCUUUGCUUAUGUUUGGUCAUUGGUCAUUUGCUUGAAGAAAGUCGAUGGAUUAAUGAAUCCAUUGUCGCCAUUUUUGUUGGACUCAUUGCUGGAAUGAUACUCUUGUUAGUCACUAAGGGGAAGAGUUCUCACAUCCUUACAUUUGAUGAAGAAUUAUUCUUCAUCUAUCUUCUUCCUCCGAUAAUAUUCAAUGCAGGGUUUCAGGUGAAGAAGAAACAGUUCUUCCAUAACUUUUUAACCAUCAUGCUGUUUGGUGUAAUCGGUGUUUUCAUUUCCACGUUUAUUAUCACUAGCGGCAGCUGGUUGCUGUUCCCCAAGUUGAACUUCCAUAACUUGACAGUGCGAGAUUAUCUUGCUUUAGGAACAAUUUUCUCCUCAACCGACACAGUUUGUACACUACAGGUUCUCCAUCAAGACGAAACUCCUUUACUAUACAGCUUAGUCUUUGGGGAAGGCGUGGUAAAUGAUGCAACAUCAGUUGUACUCUUCAAUGCGGUGCAAAAGCUUGAUGUCUCAAGACUUGAUAGCAAGACAUUGCGUGUUAUUGGUGAUUUCUUGUAUCUGUUCUCAACAAGCACUGUUCUUGGAGUCAUUACUGGACUUCUCACAGCUUAUAUCUUGAAAGCCUUAAGCUUUGGAAGACAUUCAAGUGUACGCGAAAUUUCAUUGAUGAUGCUAAUGGCAUACCUAUCCUACAUGUUGGCAGAGCUACUUGAACUAAGUGGAAUCCUCACUGUUUUCUUUUGUGGAAUAUCAAUGUCACAUUAUGCAUGGCAUAAUGUCACUGAAAUUUCAAGAAUAACAACCAGGCACGUAUUCGCAACAAUGUCGUUUAUUGCAGAAACCUUCAUAUUUCUUUAUGUCGGUAUGGAUGCCCUUGACAUUGAAAAGUGGAGGAUGACCCAUUUAAAAUUUGGAAACUUGCUGGGAAUUUACAGUUGCUUAAUCUUCUUAAUAUUGCUUGGGAGGGCUGCAUUUGUUUUCCCCCUCUCUGCACUUGCCAAUUAUAUGAAUAGGCGCGCUGAAGAAACACCGAGUAUUACAUUUGGACACCAGAUAAUCAUUUGGUGGGCUGGCCUAAUGAGGGGAGCCGUCUCCAUUGCUUUGGCUUUCAAACAGUUCACAUACUCAGGGGUUACUUCUGAUCCGGUUAAUGCGACAAUGAUUACCAUCACCAUUAUUGUUGUUCUUUUUACCACACUGGUGUUUGGUUGUCUAACAAAACCACUUGUAAGAUAUCUUCUUCCACAUCAUGCGACAAGGGUAAAUACCAACCACGAAGAAUCAACCUCACCCGUCGAGGACAUGAAUCUACCUUUGCUAUCCUUUGAGGAGUCGGCAGCAACCAACAUUAGCCGUGCCAAGGAAAGUUUAUCCAUGUUAUUUGAAAGUCCUGUGUACACCAUACAUUACUAUUGGAGGAGAUUUGAUGAUUCCUACAUGAGACCUUUAUUUGGAGGACCCCGCGCUAACCAUUCAGAAUGCUAGCAAAUCAAAAUGACAAAUCAUAUGGAUAUCUAAGAGAUGCACUUGAAGAAAAAAAAUGAUGAUCCGUUCGAGUCCAGUUUUGAA